GUUUGGCAGAAAGAGUCUCAGACCUGGCCCGGUCCACCGCGCACAACAAAGUAUACAAAGUUUAGCACCCGCGCUAAAAGUUAGCUUGGCUCCCUACCAGUGCGUCUGGCACCGGUAGAUGUAUCCUUCUUUUUCUCAUGAUCAUUAUUUCCAUUUUAUGAAUUAGGAUGAUUGAUUUAGUUUUCUAUUGACAGCAGAUUAUCCAAUGAAUUCGCGUUUCCAAAUGAAGCUAUGAUCAUCAAUCAGGCAGAAAUGGCCCCAGGUAAUUCUGGUAUAUUUAGAUCAGAAUCAUAUAGGCUGGCACUAAUGACUUUACUCAGGUGCCAUUAUGAGAUAUCACUUAUUCGUUACUUUUGUUUCGGAUACGCGAGCUCACAAUACUUGUAUCCUUUGGUCUUUCUUUAUUCGGCUCUUUCUUAUGCCGGAUGCAUUGUGGUUCGGUUUCCAGUCGAUGCGAAUGCAGGCAUUAUGAAAAGUCGGCAUUCUGUAGAUUUAGUUACUCCAAUUGUCAAUGCUACACGAAUGCACAACUCAAAAACAGUUUGGAAACAAGGAAACUGCCUUACCUUCAGGAAAUCCCUCUAGCUUUGUGUUUCUACUGUCCUCAGAUCUAUACAGAUCUAUAAAUAGCUCGCGUGAGACAACGCGCAACAGGAUAGCGCGUUCCUUCCGAGGAAAUAG